GCAGCUUUGCUAGCCACUCGAGUGCUCAACAAGAGAGUAGAGCUAGCUAGCUAGCCCAGCAUCAUCAAUGGCGGCCUCCUCGACCCUCUUGGUGCUCCUCGCAGCAGCCUUGGUGGCCGGCGCCAGCGCCUCCACCUUCACGAUCACAAACAACUGCCGGUACACGGUGUGGCCGGCGGCCACCCCAGUGGGCGGGGGCACGCAGCUGAACCCCGGCGGGACGUGGACCAUCACCGUGCCCGCCGGCACCAGCUCCGGCCGGGUCUGGGGCCGCACAGGAUGCUCCUUCAACGGCGGCAGCGGGAGCUGCCAGACCGGCGACUGUGCCGGCGCGCUCUCCUGCACCCUCUCUGGCCAGCCUCCGCUGACGCUGGCCGAGUUCACGCUCGGCACCAGCGGCGGCAACCAGGACUUCUACGACAUCUCGGUGAUCGACGGCUAUAACCUGGCCAUGGCCUUCGCUUGCAGCGCCGGCGACCGCAUCGUGUGCACGGGGUCACAGUGCCCUCAGGCGUACUUGUUUCCAGAUGACAACUCCAAGCUCCAUCAUUGCCCCGGCAACAGCAACUACCAGGUCACCUUCUGCCCAUGAGCUACCAUGAGGCAGCACACCGGUGUGUUCGGUCGACGACGCAUGCAUGCGUUACAUAUAUAUAAAGCAUGGCAUGGCAUGAACCCGUUCAUGCAAUAAUGUUACCAUGUAAGAGUAUUGCAUGAGUGGGUAUAGUAUCUAUAUUAUCUUGCUGAUCGAGAAUAAGGACCAUCCUGAAAAUCGCGCAUGCAUCACUCAUAUGUAUUUGUAUGCUCCUAUGUAUCAGGGUCGGAUUUCGUGCACCAUCGAAGCAUCGAUAUAUAAUAUAGUAGUUUCGAACAAAAA